AGGUACUUGGACUUUUCUCAAUCUUCUUCUCAAUCACACUGAAAAAAUUUGCCUUUGCCCUGGACGCCGGGUUGCUCGCAAUGAAGCACGUUGUCUAUCCUCGGAUUGCUAAUUUGUUGUCUUGGUUCACCCGUCGCUGGCGAAUGCGUUUUCAUCAAUCCCAGGACCGACUUUCCGACGAGGAAUUUAUAUUGAGCGGUAUACAGGAAACGAAGGAAGGAUUGGAGAAACUCCGUUUAUCGUGCUCAGCACCAGGUGUCGCAUGGUGGCAAAUCCUCUCACGACUCGAAGAAAAAGACAGGUUCCUUGCAUUCAUGUGCACCGGGGCUCACGUAACUGAAGCCGAAAUCCAGUCACAUUACGACGAGUUCGUUGCUGGUGGCAACGGAAUAGAGCCGAUUUCUCGCGCUGAAAUAUCUUCUGAUGUGCAAAUCUCCGCGGAAAAAUCACGCGGAUUUCAGGAAGGAACUUCAGAUUUUUCGAAACCGGAUGAGAAAUAUACACACACUGCUGUAGUUGCGACAAAGGCAGAGCGUCAGAAGUACGUAUUAAAGAAGCUUAAUUUUUUGCCGUCCACUUGUCAUUUU